AUGUCGGGUGAACCCAACGCGGACCACUACUUCGGGACUGACCAGCAAGGGCGCGAUAUCCUGAGCAGGGUUAUCUUUGGAACCCGCACCACACUCAUCGUCGCUAUAAUAGCGGUCUUAUUCGGCACAACCGGCGGGUCGCUGUUGGGGAUUGUGAGCGCCUAUUUGGGCGGCAAAGUUGACCUCAUACUUCAGCGCUUGCUGGAGAUACUCCAAGCAUUCCCCGACGUCAUACUAGCUCUGCUUCUGCUCGCGGCCCUGGACCCGAGUCUGGGGACCGUAAUUCUGGCAAUAUCGAUCACGCGCAUCCCAUUCGGUGGUCGCGUAAUCCGCUCCGUCGCCCUGCAAAUACGUGAGAUGGAGUACGUGACUGCCGCGCGCGCAAUCGGCGCGAACGACAUACGCAUCAUGUUCCGCCAUGUAGCCCCGCAGUGCGUCGCGCCAUACCUGAUCCUGGCGACCGCGCACCUCGGCGUCGCAAUCCUCAUCGAGUCCGGGCUGGGCUUCCUGGGCGCCGGCGUCCCGCCGCCCACAGCCACCUGGGGCAACAUGCUCGCCUUCGCCAACUUCUCAUCGUUCAAGCCGCUCUGGUGGAUGGCGUUCUACCCGGGCCUUGCGAUCACCGUUACGGUUCUGGCGUUCAACCUGUUCGGCGACUCCUGCGCGACGUCCUUGACCCGCGCCUCCGCAACAGGUAAUCUCCAUCCCAUCCCGACAAUAUCCCGGUCACACUCUUACGUUCCCCUACAUAUAGGAGAGCAGUAG